AGCCUGCGAGUUAUCCAGCGCUCGCUAAUUUUUCGUAGUGAGCAGAUGCUCAACUUUUUCCUCUGUUUCCGCAGUGUCAUGAUUUCCGUUUCCCUCUUAAAUUUAGUUUUCAGGCAAACUGUGAUUGUUGCUCCUCUCAGUCCCUACUUUGGGUUCUCUUUCUGGGGGUUCCGUCCAUCUGGGCAACCGUUAUGGGGGAUAUUGAGCGUCCCGAGUCUGGAGGAGAGCCACAAACUGGAAUUAGAGCUCUACUGCCGGACAGAGAGUUCGUCACCUCUCGGAAAGGACUGCUGCUUAUCUCUGAAGUGGGUCUGUCAUUCAUAACAUUCAUCUGCUUUGUGGUGUCAACUUCUGCUGCCUUUGUGACUGUGCCACUCAUUGAAUUCCUGAUGGCUUUUUUCAUACUCUUUGCUUACUCUACCAAGUUGAACAAACGCUUCAAAGGUUUCCAUUGGCCAUUAAUGGACUUCCUGCGUUGUGUUAGUGCUUCAGUUAUAUACUUUAUUAUUUCCAUUAUUGCAGUUUCAAAAUAUAAAGAUGCAGCAUCCAAAGCAGCCGGGGUAUUUGGCUUUAUAGCUACAAUAGUGUUUGCUUUAGAUUUUUAUAUCAUCUUCAAUGACUUGGCCAAUUUUCUUAAGAAGGGUGAUACUACUGACGAGCCUGCUGAAGGUGAGGAAGACUCUGACUCCGAUUCUGAUUAAUAUUGGAAAUAAAAUAUGUAGGACAAGAA